AAUGAGAACAUCUUAACUUAAAAUGAAUCACGUUAUCACUGCACCUUCACUGGUGAGAGUAGUUGGUUCCUGUUAUUAGUCGACUGAAAGGCUGGGGGACGAACGGAUGAUUAAACAAUUCACAGUUCUUGGCGCAAUGAAAGCUCCAAUUUUGGUUUUCUUCUUCUCUGCCCUCUUCAUCUGGAGUGGAUUUUGUGUGGCCAGAAGCAUAAAAGGGGAGAUUACUGCCUUGCCACCUCGAGGAUGGAACUCUUAUGAUUCUUUUUCAUGGAUCAUCAGUGAACAAGAGUUCCUUGACAAUGCAAAAUUUGCGGCUGAUAAGCUACUUGUUCAUGGAUAUCAGUAUGUUGUGGUGGAUUUCUUGUGGUACCGGAAGAAUGUGGAUGGAGUUAACUUAGAUUCUAUAGGGUAUGAUAACAUUGACGAAUGGGGACGGAUGAUCCCUGACCCAGAUAGGUGGCCGUCUUCUAGAGGGGGGAAAGGGUUUAAGGAAGUUUCAAGAAAGGUUCAUGAUAUGGGUUUGAAGUUUGGUAUUCAUCUCAUGAGAGGAAUCAGUGCUCAGGCAGUCAAGGCCAAGACACCAAUCUUAGAUGUAUUGAAGGGAGGAGGCUAUCGGGAGGCUGAGCGAGAAUGGCAUGCAGAUGAGAUCGGAAUGAGAGACAAGAGUUGUGCAUGGUUGAAAGGGUUUAUGAGUGUCAAUACGGAUUUAGGAGCUGGAAGAGCUUUCCUAAGGUCUUUGUACUGGCAGUAUGCAGAAUGGGGUGUUGAUUUUGUUAAACUGGACUGUGUGUUUGGAGAUGAUUUGGAUACAAAACAAAUACUUGUGGUCUCGGAGCUUUUGGAGGAACUUGAUCGUGCUAUUCUUUUUUCUCUCUCUCCUGGAACAAGUGUGACUCCAUCCAUGGCUGAGGGCAUCAGUGAGCAUGUUGAUAUGUACAGAGUAACCGGUGAUGAUUGGGAUAAAUGGGCAGAUGUGGCUUAUCAUUUUAAUGUUGCAAGGGACUUCGCUGCUGCUAAAAAAAUUGGAGCACAGGGAUUGCAUGGAAGGUCGUGGCCUGACUUAGACAUGCUACCACUUGGACAGCUUACUGAUCCAGGUGUUCAACAAGGUCCUCAUAGAAACUGUAGUCUCACCCUUGAGGAGCAGAGAGCCCAGGUGACUCUUUGGUCUAUGGCAAAAUCUCCUCUUAUGUUUGGAGGAGAUCUAAGGAAUAUUGAUAUGACAACAUACAAUCUCAUAACUAAUCCUAGUUUAUUGGAGAUAAACUCCUACAGUACAAAUAACAUGGAGUGCUCACUAUCUCAUGAUGUUUUUGCUGUAGUUUCGACUACAUCUAAUGCAAGUGAAGAUAGGAGAAGGAAUCAUGCACAUACCCAAAGCUUUACAAGCCUAGAUCAUGUGCAGUCAUCUGGUGGGAAAGAGCUGCUACUUACAAACUGCAAUAAUCAGAAAUCAAAAGUAUGGUUUAGAGAAUCUGAUGGUGUAAUAGAUAAGAUCUGUUGGAACUAUGAGAUGAAAAUCAGUGAUAACAUCUCAAAUUGCCUGUACGAGAGAAGGCCUCCUAUGACAUCUGAUGAAGACAUCAUAUACAGAGAAAACUACCAGGGAAAAUUUCACUUAGCAGCAACUGAUACCAUGGAGACAUGCUUGGAUGCUUCUGUACAAAAAAGACUUAGCGCAUCAGAGAGGCGAAGGACUUCAUUAUCCUCAUGCAAGUGGAAUGCCAAUCAGAUGUGGUCGUUAAAUGAUAAUGGAACCCUUGUAAACAGCUAUUCUGGUCUAUGUGCAAUAGUUGAACCAAUGAAAGAAAAUGUAAAUAGUGACGGAGUUCGUUCAUGGAUUGCAACUGGAAGAAGAGGGGAAAUUUAUCUUUCGUUUUUCAAUCUGAAUCCAAGGAGAACUCAGAUGUCAGCCAAAAUAAGUGAUUUAGGUAAAGUUCUCCACCACAAUGUCCUGCUCAGAGGUUCAUGCAGAUGUUUGGAGGUCUGGAGUGGUAAGAACUUCGGUAUAGUGGCAGAGACUCUGUCAAUCAUGGUCGAGGCUCAUGGCUGUGCGCUUUUCCUCUUGAAUUGCGACAAUUAGAGUUAAUUCUUUUUGUUGAUGUAGUUAUUUCUCAGCGCUUGAUUAUAACUUUUAAACAAUGAGGUGCAUCAACUCCAAUUGUCUUCCUUUUAAGAAGGAAGAGCAAAAUCUGUCAUCUUGCCUGGACCAUUUUGCUCUCAAGUUAAUAAUACUAUUUGAGAUAUCUCUUAUA